AUGAAUCAGCUAGAAAAUUCCAAAGAAGAGACAUAUCUUGAAAAAUUCUUAAAAAUUGAUUCAAAGCCAUUUCCUAUUUCAGAUUCUGUAGAUUACUAUUCAUAGACUUCUCCAGAUUAAAUAAAGCUGCACUAUGUUGAGCAUCCCAACUAAGGAGAUUUAAAAGGGGUUUUAUUUGUAUUUCUUGGUUAUGGUGCUUAUAUCGAUUUUUACGGAAAUCAUUUUAGCUAAUUCGCUAGCUAAGGAUUCAGAGUGUUUGGCCUUGAUCGUGAAGGGUUUGGAAAAUCAGGAGGCGAGAGAGGAGUUUUUGGAGUUGAUCCCUUACAAGAUCAAAUUGAUUUUGUAGAUUUUAUUGUUGAAUAAAAUAACCUACAGGACACAAAAAAAUAUAUAUUCGGAGUCUCCUUAGGUGCUCUGUUGAGUGCGAGAAUGGUUCAACUAAGACCUCAAUAUUUCGAUGGAAUAAUCCAUAUAGUACCUUAUUACAGGAAUCAUGAUUCUAUCGAAGUCAGUGGGUUCAAAAGGUUUCUUUUGAAAUCAAUUUGCUUUUUCAAUGGGUAUGGGGUUAUUGCUCGUAAAUCAAGGACCCCUGAAUUCGAUGAGUUUUAAAGCUACCUAAUAGAAUAAGAUAUAGAUUCAGUUGUUUUGAUUAGAUAUAAAUAAGUUGAGUAUGGACUAAAAAUUUAAGACGACUUUUAAAGAGAAAUUUUGAAAUUUACUCAUAUCCCUUUGUUCGUUGCAAAAGCUGAGGGUGACUGGGUAGUCUCUAAUGAGGAGAUCGAUAGAGUUUAUGAAUUGAAUACGAAUCCAAGUAAAUAAUUAGUAAACUAUAGAGGUGCUAUUCAUGCAAUGAUGCAGCAAGAUGGUUAUUAUCAAUAAAUUGUUAAGGAUUCGCUUGAAUGGCUGUAGCGAAUUAAUGAGUGA